AUGAGUGAUACUCAUAAAAAAAUAAAAGAUGAGAGUACCAUUUCAAAAAAUAAAUACAAAUCUAAAUUUUUAGUGAACCCUGAAGAGAAUGCAAGUAAUUUUUCAAUACUUACUUAUAGUUUUAUGACACCAUUAUUGGCUAUUGGUGUUAAGAAACCAUUAGACUUUGAAGAUAUCUAUCCACUCAAGGAUAAGACUUUGUUUGGAAGAUCAUUCUUUUGGGCCUUACUUUUUAAACUCUUUGGUGACCUGACAUCAUUUGUUUAUCCAUUAAUGAUUUACAAAAUGACAAACUAUGUAAUGGAUCCUUCUGAAUCGAUAUGGAAUGGUCUAUUUUAUUCUACUAUAAUGAUGAUUUCUUACAUUUUCAAUACAAUUUGUAAAACUCAUUGUGAAUACCUUACUUUUAUUGCCGGUAAAAGGAUUGAAUCUACUUUAACAAAUGCAGUAUAUAAGAAAUCUCUUUUAAUUUCUCAUACUGGUCAAAAAGAUAAGGGAAGAGGAAAUACUUUAAAUCUGAUAUCAAUGGAUGUUGAUUCCGCUGAAGGUGUAUUCCAAAGCUUCCAGAAUAUCAUAUCAAUGCCAAUACAAACAAUUAUUUCACUCGUACUUUUAUUCAAUUUGUUAUCAUGGAGCGCUUUUGUUGGAUUUGGUUCCCUACUGGUGUUUGUUCCACUAAAUUUCUACACAACCAAGAAACAAUAUGCGAUCGAUGAUGAAGUAAUGAACAAGAACGAUAAAAGAAUAUCAAAGGUCUCUGAAGCUAUCAAUAGUAUUAGAGUUUUAAAAUUCUAUGGUUGGAUCAAUAUGAUGUAUGAUAACAUCAUGCAACUCCGAAUGGAAGAAGUGAAAGAGAAGAAAAAACAGAGUGCACUUUCAGCAGUUUUGUUUCUUUUUUGGAAUUUGAUUCCAGAUUUCGUUACUGUCUCAACUUUUUGUGCAUAUGCAUUAUUAGGAAAUUCUUUAGAUAUGCCAACAAUUUUAGCUGCCUUGUCUAUAUUUUUUAAUUUAAGAUAUCCUUUAUCAAUGUUACCUCAUUUAUUUUCAAACAUGUCAAUGACAAUGGUUUCAAUAAAAAGAUUAGAAACAUUCUUAAUGAACGAAGAGCUUGAAAAACCAAAGACAAAUCUUUCUGGAUCAACUGUUUAUGGAGAUUCUGACCCUGAUUUCGAAUCAAAGAAUCUAGCUGUUUCUAUCCAAGAAGCAACUUUCCAAUGGAGUUGUGUUAAAGUUGAAGAUGAAGAAAAUGAGAAACAAGAAAAGAGUUCCUUUAAAAACUCAGAAGAAGAUACUGAAUCAACUCAGGAAUCUACUGAAGAAGAUCUUUUCGUGUUGAAGGAUAUCAAUUUGGAUGUCAGCAUCGGAGAGUUGGCAGUGGUGAUCGGACCAGUUGGAAGUGGAAAGAGCAGUUUACUUUCAUCUCUGCUUGUGGGUGGUUGUGCACUCCAAGGAAACAUUGCAUAUGUCAGUCAGUUGCCAUGGAUCAUGAAUGGUACACUUCGUGACAAUAUCUUGUUUGGAAAAGAAUACGAUCAACAAAAGUAUCAGAACAUAUUGGAAAUAUGUGAGUUAGUUCCUGAUCUUAACACUCUCCCCAAAGGUGAUCUUAGUGGCAUUGGAGAGAAAGGAAUCAAUCUUUCAGGUGGUCAAAAACAAAGAAAUGCAAUUCUCCCAAUGAUCCCAAAGAAGACAGUAAUCUUGGUUUCUCAUCAAAUGUAUCCAUUGGAAUUCUCAGACAAGAUUGUCACAAUGAACAAUGGUGUCAUUGAAAACAUUUGCAAAUAUGAAGAGAUGUCAAGAGAAACAUGGGAAGUUUAUCAAUUCCAAAACCAAAAUGCCAAGAAUGAUGAGGAAGAGGCUGAAGAGGACGACGAAGAAGAUGAAGAUGAAAGUGAUGAUGAAAGUGAAGAAGUAUUUUUCCAAGAUGAGAGAAACAUUGGAAAAGUAUCAUAUAAACUCUAUCUAGACUACUUUAAGCAAGUUGGUUUUGGAUAUUUAGCUCUCUCAACAUUAUUGGGAAUACUAUCUCCUUUUAUGUCAACCUAUGGAAACUACUGGCUAACAAAAUGGUCUGAAGAAUGGCAACAAGAAGACCAUUCUUCUCUCUUUUACUAUUUGGGAAUAUAUUUUCUUUUGUGCAUCCUAAUGUCAGCUUGUGUAUUUGGUGUUUCUCUGGUCAACUCAUUCUGUGGUUUAAAUGCAAGUGAGAAAUACCAUACCAGAGCUUUGACAAAAGUAUUGAAUUCACCUAUUCAAUUCUUUGACCAAAAUCUCUCUGGUCGUAUUAUCAACCGUUUCAGUAAGGAUGUAUCCAGCAUGGACUCUUCCAUUGCUAGCAAUCUUGGAGAUGCCAGGGAUUCUCUCUUUAAUUCAUUAUCUGUGAUUAUAGUGAUAGCUAUUGCAUCACCGAUUGUAUUAGUUUUACUUAUACCAAUUGGAAUUGCAUUCCGUUAUCUCUAUAAAUGGUUCUUAAACAAUGCUCGUGAAAUAGAAAGAUUAAGAUCUUUGGCACUCUCACCAGUAUUGACACAUUAUUCAGAAACACUUACAGGUCAGAAUAUUAUCAGAGCUUUCGGAGCACAGAAAAGAUUCUUGGGAAUGAUGCAACAAAGAAAGGAUCUUCAUUCCUCAUGUAGUCUGGCAGAUGUUUUCAUCUCUAAUUGGGCAUACUUUAGACUGGAAAUGAUAUGUGUUCUUUUCAUUGUUGGGGCAACACUCUCAGCAACAUUCCUCAGAGGUCAUGUCUCAGAUGUGUUGAUUGGACUGGCACUCAGCUACUCUAUUUCAUUGUCAAGCGAUUUGAAUUGGGCUUUCCUUCAACUAAGCUUUGUGGAGACUGAGAUGAACAGUGUCGAAAGAUUACAACAUUAUUGCAACUUGAAAACUGAAAAAAUUGAAGGUAAAAAGAUGUCACCAAGUUGGCCAGAGAAUGGAAGAAUCAGAUUCAAGAACUUCUCAAUGAGAUACAGACCAGAGCUGCCACCAUCAUUGAACGAUAUCAAUCUUGAAAUUGAAGCAGGUUCAAAAGUUGGAAUCUGUGGAAGAACUGGUGCUGGAAAGAGUUCACUUCUCUUGGCAUUGUUCAGAUUGGUCGAAGCUGAUUCUGGUCAUAUCGAAAUUGACAAUGAGAAUAUCGAUCAAGUUGCACUUCAAGAUUUGAGAAGUAAGAUGUCAAUCAUUCCACAAGAUCCUGUUCUUUUUGCUGGAACUCUCAGAUACAAUUUGGAUCCAUUCGAUACCGCCACCGAUGAAGAGCUGUGGGAAGUCAUUGAACGUGUACAUUUAAGUGAUAAGAUCAAAUCACUUGAUUGUCACGUCUCUGAAGAUGGUGUAAAUUUCUCAGUUGGUCAAAGACAACUGAUGUGUUUGGCAAGAGCAUUGAUCAGAAAAUCAAAGAUCAUUGCAUUGGAUGAAGCAACAGCAGCGGUCGAUCUUGAAACCGAUGCAGUCAUUCAAAAGACAAUCAGAGAGGAAUUCAAAGAUUCAACAGUGAUCACGAUUGCACAUCGUCUCAACACAAUCAUUGAUUAUGACAAGAUCGUCUUGAUGAGUGAAGGAAGAGUCAAACAAGUUGGUAAACCAUCUGAACUCAUCGAAUUGGUAGAAGAAAAGUCUGAAAUCUAA